AUGAACGACGGUGAUUUCUACAAGGGCGAUCAGCAGAAGAGGCUUUUUGAAAGCCUCAACAUGGUUAUGAAAGCAGGAGGUUGCAAAACCAAUUUCACCGUCUACGACACCGAAGCUUACUUACACGACGGUCAGCCACUUCCAGAAGCAAAUCCCAGCAGCCCACCACAUGCCUGGGCGCUGUCAAGCAAGUUCGCCUCCGACUUCGCUUCCCCUUCUCUGGUGAGCCACAGUCCAUCCUUUCCAUCCUCGCCGCCUGCACUUGUGCCAGCGACGCAAAGCCCUGCGCUGGAGGGCCCACAGGACGGACCAGCAUCUUUGCACGGGGUGCUGCCUGUGCCGCCACUGCCACCGCCAGGCCCUGGGUCCGUCCCAGGUGGGCGGACUGCCUGUCCCAAGGUGUACGUCUACGAGCUGAACGAAGCCCCAUUCCAGGAUGUGGAACUCGACACCAUCACUUUAGAUGCUGCCUUUGGGAAGCGAACAAGAUCGGACAAGGGGGUUCGAGCAUCAGGUACGCUGCAAUUUCACACCGCUCUAAUAUUCUGGUAUCGGCUAGCCAAGUCUAGACGCUGCCGUGUCUUCAAGGGCGAAGAUGCCGAUCUCUUCUUCGUACCUCUGUUCCUUAAGGCCGCAGGCGCAGACAAAUGGGGGCCAGCGUGCAAGGCGCUGGACGGGCAGGCUGAGGAAUUGCUUAGGAGGUUGCCGUACCUGAAUCCGCAGACAUCGAAGCGGCACUUUGGUAUCUUCCCGACUGGCCAUUGGACCCUGGACACCUGCAAAGGUAUUCUGGCUUGGCCCAAGGUGCCCUUUCAGGACCUUGCGCUGAUUACUCACGAGGUGGCCUUUACGGCAGAGAAGCUGCAGCAGUACCCCAUGCUUGUCACCCAGAACCGUAUCUCGUUGCCUGCGGCAACUCCAGGGGAGUGGCCAAACACCCAUAUGCACAUGUGGGAUCGGAAGAUCCAUCCUCGCGUGUAUACCACACCAUAUCCGUCCUCGCUCACAGCCGUGAGGGUUGGCAAGAAUCCCCGGCAGACGCUUGUUUCCUUCAUCGGCAAUACCAACCAUGGUGACGUGCCGGUACGCUCCCAGAUAGGUCGAUGGUGCGAGCAGUACCAGAACCACAAGCUCGUAUGCUCACGCCCGGUUCACAUGGAAGAAGUGAUCAGACUGAAGGAGGAGGCGGUCUUUUGCUUGGAGCCAGUCGGUGAUUCUGUGGGCAGGAAAUCGGUCUCCGAUUCCUACGGGUGUGGCUGCAUCCCAGUGUUCUUCGGGCCAGCUCAGGCAUUCCAGUACCCUAUCCAGUGGGCUGGCUGGUAUGACGCUGCGUUUGUGAUCCUGGACCGGCUACUCUUCAUCAAUGGCACGCUGGACCCCGUGGAGGUCUUAAGCCGAAUUCCCUCUCAGCAGGUACAGCAAAUCCAAAGCAACAUUGCACGACAUGGCAGCAAAAUGCUGUACAGCACGGAUGACUUCGAGGCUGUAGAUGCUCUUUCGGUGUUACUGCACCAGCUUUGGUCUGAUGCCCUCGCCAUGGAAGGCCCAAUCCAAUGA